GCACUUUCUAUCGCUUUGAGGCAGUGUGGGACAGCUCCCUGCACAACUCCCUCCUGCUCAACUGCGUAACUCCCUAUGGAGAGAAGAUCUACAUGACCUUAUCUGCAUAUCUGGAGCUGGACUAUUGCAUCCAGCCUGCCAUUAUCACCAAAGACAUCUGCAUGGUCUUUUACUCCCGAGACGCCAAGUUGUCCCCACCCCGUUCUCUCAAGAACCUCUUUGGGACUGAAUACUCCAAAACUCCUGACUGAUAGCCUCAUCCUAGAGCACCAGUGGGAGCUAGAGAAGAUGGAGCAGCUGCAGGAGGUGGAUGAAAAGACCCGUCACCUUCUGGCGCUGAGAGAGAAGCUGGGAGAGGCGGCUCCCGUGGGAACAGCUCCCACCACCAAGUCCCUGAGCGAGUCUCUGUCCCCCAGCGUGAGCUCGGGCACUCUGUCCACGUCCACCUCCAUCUCCUUGCAGAUCUCAAGCACCACCUUUGAAAGCGCCAUCAGGCCGAGCGAGAGCAGCGGCUACGAUUCCGCUGACAUCGAGAGCUGGUGGAUCGUGAGAUGGAGCUGGCCACCAAGGUGAGAAAAACGUCGGAGGCAGGAUAGACGUAAAACUCUCCCUGCAGAUCUAAGCUGGCGAGGCGGCGCGGCGGCCUGACGAAGAACUGAUCGGGCGGAGCGGUACGCGGGAAAACCACCGCUUCCAUCCUUUCUGAAAAGCCUUUGAAAAUACAGAAAAUACCAAGUGUUAAAACGUAUUAAUCAUUGUGAUUCUUGAUGGUUUUCUCUUGUAAGUAGACUUGUGGCUUAAGUCUCUUUUCAUGCGACUCAAACGUUUAAGUUCCACAGAACUUUUGCCUCCCCUCAGCUUUUUGUGUUUUCGUUUCGAUGACAAUGUUUGGGUCUAAUU